AUGGUACCUCUCACCGCGGAAAAGAGUACAGAGCCCGUCCCGGAUGCCUUUGGUUACGAGUCAUAUAUCUACGGGAAGACAGUGGAGCUCGUUGAGCAACCACCGAGAGACCCAGAACAACCGAUGGGUGCGGACCAUACUGUACCGUGGUCAAGCGACCAGAAGAUCAUAUGCGACCUCGUCAAGAAGCUCGAGGAUAUUCGGCGAUGUGAGGAUACUGGUGCGCGGUCCGUGGAACCAACAGAUGCCAACUCACGGCCAGACAUACCAGCAGACGUUGCAGCAUCGGCCAACACGGCGCUUGCACAGGCAGUACCAGUUUCAAACGAUGCUACUCCGGCCCUUGAAUCUUACCCGACCAUUGAAUCUGAUCCGGGUGCCUCAACAGACCGUGAGAGUACCGCAAGUCCUUUGGCGGUAGUCCAGCCCCCCCUCCACGCAGAAAAGGUCGGCGCAGAAUUGUCAGUCAAGACGAAAAAGGCCAAGAGAAAAAAGGCCAAGGCAAAAAGGGCCAAGGCCAAAAAGGUCGAGGCAGAAAAUGCCGCGACAGAAGAGGUCGAUACUGCACAGUCCGGCGCAAAAAAGGGUGCUUGUAUCCCCAGUGAUCCUUCCGAAGAACAAUACCGCUCUAAGCCUGAGCAUGGCUCUUGGGCUGAUACCAUGCAAGCCAAAGCCGACGCAGCACCAAAUACAACACCUGAGCGUCCACAAAACAAGCAAUCAAAAAAGGAUGCUCCUAGCACCACAGAUCCUUUCGAAGAACACUACGGCUCCUCCAAGGCUGAGCAUGGCUCUUGGGCUGAUGCUAUGCGAGCUGAAAUCGAGUCUGUCGUCAUUGGUGCAAAGGGAUGGGAGACCGAUUGGGCGAGGGAGGACGCGAAAGGAAAAAGGAAGGCGUCGCGGAUUAUUACGGAUCCCUACUUCGUCACUGUUGACGUGCGCCAACACAUCUAG